CAUCAGCACUUUUGUAUUUAAUUCUUUUCUCUCUUUUGUUCCAGAACCCGGAUUUGGAAACCAUCGAGAGGCUGGGUGACACAAGGAACUGUCACGUGACUUGACAUCUCGACUGUGGUGGAGUGGCGUGUUGACGUCAUCGGCCUGACACGAUGGGUCGGAAGCGGUGCGUGGGAGAUUGUUCGAAGAUGGCGGCCGGGUGCUGCGGGGUGAAGAAGCAGAAACUGUCCAGCUCUCCUCCCUCAGGCUCGGCAGCAGGUCCCGGCAGUUCCCACUGCAAUGGGGACACCCAGUGUCGGGGAGAGCUGGUGCUGAGCGGAUCGGGGAGCGGGAACGUUGGUAACACCCGAGUGAACGGCCUGGGGCUGGGCUGUGGAAGUACUCUCUCUUCGAGCUGCGGCGGGACCCUCAGCUCCAGCUGCAGUUCUAGCCUCAGCCCCGCUCCCCGGAAGAUGGUGGUCUCGGCAGAGAUGUGCUGCUUCUGCUUCGAUGUGCUCUACUGUCACUUGUAUGGGUACCAACCGCCUAGGAACCCCCGCUUCACCAACGAGCCAUACGUACUCUUCUUGACAUGGAGAGGGUCCAGGGAUUUCCAACUGAAGGGAUGUCUUGGUACUUUCAAUCAAGUGAACAUGCACGCCUGGCUUAAGGAACAGAAUUUGUCUGAUGCCCUUAAAGAUAGCCGUUUCCCCCCAAUGACGAGGGAUGAGCUGCCACGAUUGUUCUGUAAAGUUUCUUUGCUCACCAACAUAGAGGAGCUCUCCGAUUAUCUGGACUGGAGAGUGGGUGCACAUGGCAUUAGAAUAGAAUUCAUCAAUGAAAAAGGAUCAAAGCGCACCGCCACCUACCUACCGGAGGUUGCAAAGGAGCAAGGUUGGGACCACAUUCAAACCAUAGAUUCCUUGUUGAGGAAGGGAGGAUAUAAGGCUCCUAUCACUAAUGAGUUCAGGAAAACCAUUAAACUGACCAGGUAUCGUAGUGAGAAGAUGACCAUGAGCUAUUCAGAGUACCUCGCCCACCGCCAGCACCACCACUACCAAAAUGGCAUCGGGCACCCUCUCCCACCAUACAACCAUUAUUCCUGACACUGAGCCGCAUGACCAGUCACUUGAUCUCUCUGCAGACCUCUUUCCAGGAGACCCUGCCCCUUCCUGGUCUAGCUAUCUCUACUACUGUACCAUUUUAUGAUGAUAGUUUCCGUUGCCAUGAUGUAGCUUGCUGUCAAACUUGUCAUGGCAACGGACAAGUCAAUUAAUUUAUUUUUUGAGUUUUUUUUUUCUUUUUUUGCAGCAGAUACCCUUAAUGAGCUGAAAUUUAUUUUAAUAUUUUUCCAUUUUAGGGUUUUCUAUGGUUGGAAGGAAUACUUUUGAAGUAAUGAGCAAAAACUUUUUAAGUUCAUAUUUUCCUAGCAUUUUAUAGCAGUGCUUUUCUUAGUUAAGGAUAGUAGCAAAAUCAUAUAUGUAUGUCAGGUUUUGACAGUAUUUUAUUUAGAAACUAGGGCACUUUAACUUACUAUAGAAAUGCCGUUGGGUGUAUAUAUGUUUGUGUGUGUCUGAAAAAUAAUUUACACAUUUGCUGUUUUGUUUAUCAGCCUUGUUAAACAUUUUUGAUUUGUUUGUUUUGAUAAGGCUUUAAAGGGGUAAAUGUUACCUUUCUGUAGAAUCUAUCUGGUGCUGGUUAGCCAGUUUACAUGAGACCUAGACAUUUCAUGGCUUCCUUCAGCUGGGCUGAAGGUGGUUUCUCUUGAUUUCAUUUCUGAAGUACAAAGACUUAGCAUUCUGAAACAUUGGCAUGUUUUUGCCAGCUGUCCUAUAGUGCAGGCUGCUGUUCAUGGUCCAGACUGGGGCUGUUAUGCAUUGGAAAUUUCUUCAGCACCAGUGCCAUAAGGCAGUAUUUAUAAGUCUGCUCCUUGUUUGGAUUCACACAUACUUAACUCAUUCCUUUACAUGGAUUGCCAACACCUUUGUCAGGAACCAUGUCAUGGUGCCAACAGACUAACCCAGGAACACUCAAGUAGCUUCUGUAUUUCAGAUUUCUACAAUCACUGUACCAGCUUCUAAUGAUACUUCAGGCUGUAGUUCAGCAUGUCUGGUACUGCAAAACAAGAUUAAUUUAGUGCCAAAUGAGAAAAAAAUAAGGAAUUGCCCUAAAUGUUAAAUCUGGUACCGGUUUUGCCUGUCAGUGUGGGUCAUGUUUGAUUAAUGAAUUAAGGCCACAGAAUAGAUAGCUAUAAGUAGCUAAGUAAGUGAAAUAUAGUCUGUAACUCAUCACUGGUAAAUAGAAGUGUAGAAGCAGGGAACCCCAAUGUCAAUACAUAAAUCAGGCUUGAUGUUCUAUCCUCACCACAUGAUGUUGGGAGACCGGUGACUUGUUGAAGAGAACUUCUGCCUGGGAGUUAGAAAAAGCCUUAAUAUGACAUUUGUGGUGGGGGGUGUCCUAUUUAUGUAUAUGCAGUGUGGUUUCCUGCUGCUGUAGCUGUGCACAUUUUUAUUGAUAUUGGUUUCUUUGCACGAUUGCCAUUUGUUCUGUAACCUUACUUUGCUUGUCACAACAAACCAGUGAUGUCCUACUAGAGUCGUAAAGAUAUUUUGACUCUGUCACUGUUGAGUUAUUUGUUGGUAAAUAGGUACCAGUUUUAGUUCUUCACUAAACAAGUUUUGUGUGGUUUUAAUUCACACAGUGAGUUUCUACUGGGACAUUUAUCUGUUGCAGACACUUUGUCCAUCACUUCAGUAUAAAUUGGGUCUGAAAACUGAAAGUGUUUAUUCAGUUAUAGUUCCUACUUGUGUUUUUGUAUGAUUUACUUUUAAAUAACACAUUGAGGUUCUGCUGAGGAGGUUUGCAGUUGUAGACACUACAUAAUUACAAUUUGAAAAUGGUUUGAAAAUGAGUAUGUCAUUGUUACCUUGCUUUUACAUACUGUGGUGCCUGAUUAUAAAUUGCAUUUUUUUAACAUUUGAGCUAAACUACCACCCAGAUACUAAGAUUCUAUUUUUGAAUACUGAGCCCAGUUUUUCAAAAGGCAUUUUCCCACUGUGCACCUCUACUAGUGAACUAAUUGUACAAGCUGUAUUUUACUUGCACAGCGGUAUAAAAAAAGUUUUUAUUUUGGAACUUAACGGCCUGAACAGCUGAAAUGCAUUAUGUUGGCCAUUUAGUCAUUGAUGUUUAAAGCUUUUAUAAUCAGUUGUGUUUGUAUAUACCUACAAUAGUACCUUAUUCUUUCAUCACAGACUUUAGCUAAAUUGGCUAUCAUCUGUGGUGAAAUAUCCUGUUUAAACAAUAGAACACCUGAGUAACUUUUGGUAAUAAAGUAUUUCACAGUUAAGUUUCACAUGGUAGUGAAUUAAAAAUGCUUUAGCCUGAAGUGUGUGCGAUUCCAAAACUGUCAGGCACUGAUGGCAAUAGAGGGGAGCACUACACCUUAGCGAAGCAUACUUUGUUGAACCAGAAGUAUUUUGAGGAUUUCCCAGAAAUUGGUAUGGAAAGUAGCAGUUCAAAAACUUACUUUGGAAGUUGUUCAUAUUUCAGGACAGCUCUUAUGGCACAGGAUUCCUUCUCCCCAGUGUGGAAUGGUCUCUCGAUGAGAGUAAUGGGGGCUGUUUGUUACGUUUCCCUAAUAAUGCUUUAGUUUCUGAAGAAGAAGAUUUUGGAAGUUAUCUUAUUGAUGACUUGAUGAACUGCAUUAAUUAGGCCGUAGGUUCUGAAGUAUUUAGAGAUCAGUUGAUGUACUGUAGGUGCUGCUCAGUCAGGCUGUUGUAAAUGCAGUAUUUUACUUCACAUACAUCAACAAAGGAAAACAUAGUUUAGUGUUUGUGUAAUGGGUGCACAGCCAUUAACUCUUCCAAAAACUUAGUCCAUAUUCACCAUUCAAUGUCCUGAUGUUAAACAGGCAUCUCUUAAAAUACUUGUGGUUCACCCUGUAGCUGAAGAAACUGUUUCUAGCUGUACCAUGCAGAAUGUGGAGUACUGCCUCUUUCAAAGUACUUACCACUGUAACCAUUCCUUUUGUUAACUGGCACUACUGCUUAACAUCAGGUAUGUCUUUGUUAACUUCAAUAUUAGCAGUGACCACCAGUAAGAGUAGAAAGUUAAUGUGAGUGUUAGCAGUGACCACUGGGAAGAAUGAGAAAUACAGUGUUAGCAGUGAACACCAUAAGAAUGGCGGGUAAACUUCAGUGUUAGCAGUGGACACCAGGAAGCUUUUGUAGUGCUGUAUGUUUAGGAAGAUUGGGAGUCUGUAGCUGAAAUGCACAUGUAAUUUCAUCUCUGAGUUAUCAAGGCAGGCUUUUUAGCAUCUGUUGUAGUGCUUUGCAUUGCAGUAUUUUAACUUCAGAUGAAUAAAGGAGUGGUUAAUUAUGCCUUUACUCUGUAUUUUAGAAGAAGCAGUAUAGCCUAACCAUAGUCACUUAAUUACUUUUUUCAGAUUUUUGGUUUGUAGUACAAAGGCAAGCCUAAAGAUAUAAAGUCUUUGCCGGAUGGUGUAAAGUAAACUAAAACACAGAAAUCCUGUUUUUUAUUUGUGUAUUUGUUUUUUUUUUUUAAUGGCACCAUUCAGAUUUCCCUAUAAACUGAAUGCAAAGCACUGUAGAUUGCAGUGAAGCUUUCCAAAAUGGGCUGAGACUUGCAUAUACAGUGUGUUCUGCAGCCAUUUUAAGCAUCCUGACACAGGGUGUAAAAGAUUAAUUUCUGCAUUUGGUUUAAGCACACAUUUUCAAAAGGAAAUUCAUCAAUCCCUUAUGAAAAUGUUUAAUUUAGUAUACCGCAUGUGAUCAAGUACGUAUCAGUUGAAUCCUGGCCAAGGGAGAAGUCCUCUCUUCCCUUAGACCCUUAGAUAGUAGUGCACCAUUUCCCCAGUGUGUGAUGACAUUUAGUUAAUACUCUGCAAAGUGGUAUAAAUGAAGCCUAUUCUAUCACUAAUAAUGAAACAUUAUUGAUAUUAAAAGGCCACAUUCAGAGGAUUCAGCCUACAGUUUAAAAAAUUCCCUUAAAGCAGAGUUUUUUGUUUGUUUUGAUUUAUUUUUUCACUUUAGGUAAUAAAAAUAACCUUUAAAAUGUCUGCAGCAUGCAGAAGUGUAAAACAAGUAGCAGCUGCCAUCUUACGACAGUCACUGUGCCCUGCUUAGAGAUACUGUUGCUCUUCAGGGGGAGAACGUAUUAGUCGAUAACUAAUUUUAAGCAAUUAGUUUGUUAAUUAACUGCUUUGCAAUUUACCAGUUAAAAGUCCCCGUGCACACAGACAUACCUGUUCAAAACAAAGCAGGGUAAAGUAACAAUGGGGCUUGCUACCAUUCACAGAAACAAGAGCUAGUUUCCUUGAGCCCCAGAAACCGUGUUUCCCACCUUAGGAAUGCAGUGACGGGUGUUCAGGCUGAACUUUUGGUGUGCCAUAGGAAUUUUCAAACUUAAUUUUGUUGCCCAAUUUGACAAAAAAAUUAAGGUGCUUACAAGCACAAGGAUGUGCUGUAUUUCAAGAUAUUUGCAUUUUUUUGUGCUUAAUGAAUCCUUUGAACAUGAUGUUUGAGUGUGGGAGUGUAGUUCGUACAGAAAAAAAAUGAAGUUCUUUUAAUGAUGUCAUCCCCAAAAACGCGCACACAGUCUUGUAACCUCAUACUGCAUCUAAAACCAUUGCAUGUUUUUGCUGAAAGCAGUAUUAAUUGUGACAUGAUUUAAGUGAUCCUCUUCAUUUAUGCUGCCAAGUGUAAGUCACUGUCACUAGAGUGCAGAUUUUGUGGUAGAAUAUUGCUGGAGGACACUUUGUUUACAUAGAUGGAAAAAGUGUGGUGAGAGUGAACAAAAUAUGUUAGUGCAUAUCAUAUUUUUCUGUUGCAUUUUAGCUGAUUGUCACAUUAGAGGCAUUAUUAUAUAAAACAAGUACAUACAUUAGAGGUAAUGCCUUGUAGUGUUUAUACUUUAGUAUAACUGCAGAAAAGUGCCCCUAUGAUAGUACCUCAGAAGUGAGCUUAUAGAACUUGACAACAGGACAUAAGAGCAGUGAUGUGUGUUAAGUUUGUUACAGUCUGCUCAGAAAGAAAUUUAUUCACAUUGAUCAUGAAGUGCACUAUGUAUCCAAAACUACACUGUGAAUAGUCAGAAUGAAUUUCUGUUAAUCUCAUGCUAGUAGUAAUCCUGGCACACAUUAGAAGUAAAGUGUCCUAAAUAUUCAUUGCUGUUACCUAUAUAGAUUGAAUAUUUUCAUGGUUUUAAACUGUUUACUUUUAUUUUUUACCUGAGUGAACUCUGGAGAUUAUGUUGUAUUCCUACAACCAUGGUAACCUCAUUUUCCCACAAAAGAAUUGACUGGAUUGAGGAAGUUGUACUGCCAUCAUUAUUUUUUUUUUAGUACAAGCGGGCCUGAAAAUUAAAUUUUCAGGUGGACCACAGUGCUUCUAAAUACAUUGCUAGGCUACUGUUAGUUAAGUUUUCACACCUUUUUAAAGCCAUGGUGAUCAUGUAGGUUUUGUAGUUGGCUGAAUUUUUCUUGUUCUCUUGGAGAGAAAAAGGAGCACAAUAACAAAUAUUUUUCUGCUGCAAAAAGG